AUGGAGUUGGGACAAUCAACUGAGAUGCAAAACGACGUCAUGGUGUUACUAGCCAAGCAUGUAAUCGCUACCGUUGCAAAUGGCUCAAACUUUGUCUUCUCACCAAUGUCAGUCAACCUUUUGCUCUGCCUCAUUGCCGUCGGUUCUAGUUGCGUCAGUAAACAACAAAUCCUCACAUUCCUCAUGUCUCCGUCAUCGGAUCACCUUAACGCAGUCUUGGCUAAGAUGGUAUCUGUUGUCCACGCCAAUGGCACUGAGAGAAGUGAUUUGCGCUUAUCUAUGGCUACUGGUGUUUGGAUAGACCAAUCUCUCUCCGUUAAGCCUUCCUUUAAAGAGGUUUUGGAGAACUCCUUCAAGGGUAAUUGCAGUCAUGUUGACUUCUUUAACAAGCCUGCUGAAGUGAUUGAUGAAGUGAACACAUGGGCUGAAUUCCACACCAAUGGACUCAUCAAGCAGAUUCUUUCACGCGAUUCCAUCGAAGCUAUCCGUGAUAGCAAACUCUUACUUGCAAAUGCAGUGUACCUUCAAAGGAGCUUGGGGCGUAAAAUUUGA